GAGCAAUAAUUUUAUCCUCUAAUGUCCCUUGUGAGUUGUGACCACUAAAAGAAAUGACCGGCCUUUUCUCAACACUCCUCCCACCCUCCUCGUCUCCGGUCGUGUGCCGGAAACCGUACAGCCCAACUUCUGUCCGGUGCUGCGACGACGACGCCACCGCUCGCGUAAACAUCAAGCCUCCAGACUACAACGGUUUCCCCGAAAAGAUUCUCAAGCAUAAUCCCGCGACCGUGAAGCCGCCUCGGCCGCGUAGAAUCAUCCUCGUACGACACGGACAGAGCCAGGGAAACGUGGACGAGAGCGUGUACACCAGAGUAGCCGACCCGAAAGUCGGGAUAACGGAGCAGGGCGUUGCCGAAGCAGAGGAAUGUGGAAGGAGAAUUAGAGAAAUGAUUGAGAAAGACGAGGCAGAGGAUUGGAAAGUGUACUUCUAUGUGUCCCCUUACAGGAGAGGACUCGAAACUCUCAGAAAUUUGGCUAAGGCAUUCGAGCGUUCAAGAAUUGCAGGCGUCAGAGAAGAACCUCGUUUAAGAGAGCAAGAUUUUGGGAAUUUUCAAGACAGGGAGCAGAUGAAGAUUGAGAAGGCGGUUCGAGAACGAUACGGGCGGUUUUUCUACAGGUUUCCCAAUGGGGAAUCAGCAGCUGAUGUGUAUGAUAGAAUUACAGGAUUCAGGGAAACACUUAGGAAUGAUAUAGACAUAGGGAGAUUUGAGCCACCUGGGGAGCAGAGCCCAAACAUGAACUUAAUCAUGGUAUCACAUGGUCUUACCUUGAGAGUUUUCUUGAUGAGAUGGUACAAGUGGACUGUUGAACAGUUUGAAGGGCUUCACAAUAUUGGCAAUGGCAGUAUGGUUGUCAUGGAAAGAGGUUAUGGUGGAAGGUACAGUCUGCUAAUGCACCACACCAAAGAGGAGUUGAUGAAGUUUGGAUUAACCGACAAAAUGCUAAUCGAUCAAGAAUGGCAAAAGAUAGCUAAGCCGGGAGAGCUAAAUUACGAUUGCCUGAUUACUGGACCAUCCUACUUCACUCACUUUGAUGAUGACAACAAGAAUUGAGACUGCAUGUUUGAAAGAAAAUUGAUGGAGAUGAAGCUCAGACAGGGGCUGCAUUUAUGCAUGAAGCUUUGAAGAUGAAAUGGUUGCCAGGUCUGGGUGUUUUACAAAGACAAAAGUCAACCAAUAUGUACACACAACACUGUUAUAACACUAAUGGAUGGUGUUAAUGUGUUAUUACCUUGGAAAUAUGAACAUAAAAAAAAACACUUAAAAAUC